AAUAAGAAACUGAAAGGUAAAAUGAAUCAUUCCAUUUUUUUUUUUCUCAGGGCGGAUUUUGGACUUGAAAACCGGUACGGUGAAGAAAGAAGGGCAACAAUCCUCAAUGCGAAUGUGUAUGGGAUCCCGUCGUUCAUUUAUUUGCCGACUGAGAUGUGGUAACGCUCCUCUGGAUCAUCUACCACUCAGCAGAAUCACCACAAUGAGGAAGAGGUACAGGAAUGGCCUGGGACCAGUGAAAGAAGGUGAAGCGCAGUAUUCUGUUGUCCACUGUACCGGAUAUAUUAAGGCUUGGCCCCCAGCAGGAAUGACAAUACCUGAAGAGGAUGCUGAAGUGGGCCAGGGGAGUAAAUACUGCCUGGUUGCAAUUGGCAGGCUACAGGUCACCAGUUCCCCAGGGAGCCUAGAUAUGAAUGGAAUGUCUCUUCCUACCGAGUUCUUAUCACGACACAGUACAGAGGGGAUCAUCACAUUUGUGGACCCUCGCUGCAUCAGUGUGAUUGGGUAUCAGCCACAGGAUCUCCUGGGAAAGGACAUAAUUGAAUUCUGCCACCCUGAAGACCAGAGUCAUCUUCGAGAGAGCUUUCAGCAGGUAGUAAAGCUGAAAGGACAAGUACUGUCGGUGAUGUAUCGCUUCCACACAAAGACCCGAGACUGGCUGUUACUUCGCACCAGCAGCUUCACUUUCCAGAACCCAUAUUCUGAUGAAAUUGAAUACAUUAUCUGUACAAAUACCAAUGUGAAGCAGGUCCAGCAGCAGCAGGCAGAGCUGGAGGUUCAUCCAAGGGACAGCUUGUCCUCCUAUGACCUGUCACAGGUGCCUGUACCAAACCUUGCAGGGAAUGUUCAUGAAGGAGGCAAGUCUGUGGUUGAAAAGAACGAUCCUCUCUUUUCUCAGGACCGAGACCCAAGGUUUGCUGAGAUGUUUGCUGGAAUCACAGCCUCGGAGAAGAAAAUGUUGUCAGCAUCGGGCAGCGGCACGCAGCAGUUGUAUUCAACAGGCAGUCCUUUCCAGCCUGGGCACUCUGGCAAGUCUUUUAGCUCUUCAGUGGUUCAUGUGACAGGCGUUAAUGAGAUCCAAUCUCCAACUGGCACAAGCCAAAACCUUACCCAGAUAUCCCGUCAGCUUAACGCUGGACAGGUCUGGACAGGAAGCCGCCCCCCUUUUCAAGGACAGCAAAUCACCUCCCAGUCUGGCAAAGCUCAAUCUUCUCCAUUUGGCAUUGGAACAAGCCACACAUACACAUCUGACCCAGCGACAUAUAGCCCAUUAUCCAGUCCAGCCACAUCAUCUCCCAGUGGAAAUGCUUACUCCAGCCUUGGGGGAAGAAAUGCAGCAUUCAGUAAGUUCUCUGAAACAGGCCAGAGCAGCAGCCAGUUCCAAGGACGUGCAUCAGAAGUGUGGUCUCAGUGGCAGAGCCAGCAUCACAAUCAGCAGAGCAAUGAUCAACAUUCCCAUCAACAACCAGGCCAAGCUGAGGUGUUCCAGGACAUGCUUCCUAUGUCUGGAGACCCCACACAAGGAACUGGUAAUUAUAACAUUGAGGACUUUGCAGACCUUGGGAUGUUUCCUCCUUUUUCUGAGUAA